AUGAUGUGGACAAAAGUACGACAUUUAAAUCACUCGCAAAAGCAACGGAUCACCAACAAUCUUUUCGUUGCAGUAGCUGUUGGAGCAGUUUUGACAGUGGCAGGCCCCGCUUUAUUACCUUGUCCAGCUUAUGAUCAAAAUGACCGCUCAGCAUUUUUAGAAGAUCAGAAGAAGCAAUCCAGUACGAAAAAGAAGGUUAUCGUUGUCGUCAAGAAGCGAAGAGAUACCACAUCACAACAGCAAUCAUCUUCGUAA